AGCACUGUAAUAAUAUUAUAAUGCCAUCUGCAGAUGAAUCCACUAGCUAACCCUAGCAAGCCACACUGAUUGAGCUCAUGUUGUUUUUACAUCACUUUCUCCAUCAAGCUCAAUAAUGGCAGCCUCUGCUCAGUCCUACUUGCUCCACUCCCUGCCUUUCAAACACACUCACACCAAACCAAGAACCCGAUUCAUCACACAUGCAUCCUACAGCAUCUCCGGCAGGAAGCUACGCGCUGCUGUAAUCGGUGGUGGCCCUGCCGGUUCAUCUGCUGCUGAGUCUCUUGCCAGCGGCGGUGUAGAGACUUUCUUGUUUGAAAGAAGCCCGUCUGGCGCCAAGCCAUGCGGCGGCGCCAUUCCUCUUUGCAUGCUCGACGAGUUCGAUAUCCCUAUCGAACUCGUUGACCGCAAAGUUACUCACAUGAAGAUCAUCUCACCGAGUAACCUCACGGUUGAUUUUGGGAAGACACUUAAGCCCCAUGAGUUCAUUUCUAUGCUUAGACGCGAGGUUCUUGACUCGUAUCUUAGGACACGCGCUGAAUCUAAGGGAGCCACGGUUGUGAAAGCGCUUGUGACGAAUCUUGAGGUUCCGAAAGCAUCAAAUGAGCCGUAUGUUGUUAAUUACAUUGCGGAGAAUGAGCGUAAGUCGCUGGCGGUGGAUGUUGUGAUUGGUGCUGAUGGUGCUAAUAGUAAGGUUGCGAAAUGUAUUGAUGCAGGGGAUUAUGCCUGUGCUAUCGCGUUCCAGGAGCGGAUCAGGCUGCCUGAUCAUAAAAUGAAGUAUUAUGAGAAUCUCGCGGAAAUGUACGUGGGGAGUGACGUUUCCCCUGAUUUUUACGGUUGGGUGUUUCCUAAGUGUGACCAUGUUGCAGUCGGAACAGGGACUGUUUGUUCGAAACAGAACAUAAAAUUGUUUCAACAUGGUAUCAGAAGCAGGGUGACCCCGAAGAUUCAGGGGGGUGAGGUGAUCAAAGUGGAAGCUCAUCCCAUACCCGAGCACCCGAGGCCAAUCAGGGUCCGAGGCCGGGUAGCAUUGGUGGGAGACGCAGCAGGGUACGUGACGAAAUGCUCUGGAGAAGGGAUCUAUUUUGCAGCGAAAAGUGGGAGAAUGUGCGGAGAAGGCAUCGUGAGAGCGUCCGAAGGAGGGUCAAGAAUGAUAGGCGAAGCGGAUUUGAAGAGGGAGUACUUGAAGGAAUGGGACGCGAAGUAUAUAAUGACAUUCCGGUUUCUGGAUUUGCUGCAGAAGGUGUUUUACGGAAGCAAUGCAGCGAGGGAAGCCUUGGUGGAACUGUGUGGAGAUGAGUAUGUGCAGAGGAUGACAUUUGAGAGCUAUUUGUACAAGACAUUAGCAAAUGGGAAUAGAUGGGAGGAUGUGAAGAUGCUUAGCAAUACAAUUGGGAGUUUGAUUAGGUGUAAGAUUGUAGGAACUCAAAUGCAAGGUCUUGAUCUUGCUAAGUUAGCUUCAACUUUCUGAUCUUCUUGCUGUAAAAUGUUUGUGUGCCCACAAAAUUCUAGGAGGUUCGAACCCGUGACCUACUUUUAAUAACAUCAUCGAACUUGAUCGUUGGGCAA